AUGCAGUUUGUAAACACUCCAACGACUGGACGACGUCUUCUGGUACCGUUAGCCAGUGAUGUGGCAAGACUACGGCGAUCGCCAGUGGAGUUAAUUCUCAGAUCGUCAUCAUUUUCGCGCGGUUUUGACGCUGUACCGAAUGAAGAGGACGUUAAUAUUGAGGACAAAGGAACGUGCGUCAGUGAGGACGAAGGUGUGGAGCUGUUCACGGAGUUAUCCAGCCGACCAAGCCAAGGGGAACACACCUGUGCGACGGAGGGCUGCCAACGCGUCAUUAUCAACGUCAGUGGUCUUCAGUUCGAAACCCAACUAAAGACUCUCAACAGACUUCCUAACACGUUGCUUGGAAACCCCUUUCUAAGAGAACGUUACUGGGAUUAUAAACGUAAGGAAUAUUUCUUUGACAGACAUCGACCGAGUUUUCAAGCUAUUCUUUAUUUCUACCAAAGUGGUGGACGACUGAAGUGUCCGUUGGAAGUACCGUUUGAUGUGUUUCUAGAAGAAUUAAGAUUCUUCGGGUUUGACCAGAAAAUGAUAGAUGAGUAUAAAGUGUCUGAGGGCUAUAUUUUGGAGAAAGAACCACUCCUACCAGAAAAUAAAAUUUUGAAAGUAAUAUGGCAAUUGUUCGAACAUCCUUGCAGUUCUAUCGGUGCCAAAUUGCUAGCUAUUGUCUCCGUUCUGUUUAUUGCCCUGUCGAUAUGUGUUUUCUGUAUUGAAACCGUUCCAGGUUAUUCCAGCGACCCCUGUGUAUAUUACAAUCAUACAAAAAAUAUUUCAUCCACGCACCCCAGAAAACAAGCAGUAACGAUUAACUAUGGAGACCAUUUUUUCAUUCUGGAAAGUGUUUGCGUGACUUGGUUUAUUUUCGAACUAGUGGUGCGAUUUAUCUCAUGUCCUUCAAAACUGUCUUUCAUCAAAAGUCCCCUGAACUGGAUAGACGGAGCGUCCAUCAUGCCUCACCUGGUCUUCGUCGGAGCGUUCUGUCUGUCUGGCGCCUGUAUAGAUUCCAAAGCGAGCAAUGUUCUGUCCGUUCUUCGGAUUUUACGAGUCACACGGGUACUUAAGCUCGGUAAACAUUCCCAGGGUCUACAGAUUCUGGGUCUGACUAUUGUCAAAAGUGUACGCGAACUCGGCACGUUUUUCCUGUUUUUAAUAUUUGGGGUUGUGGUGUUCUCCACGGCGAUGUUCCACAGUGAACGACUUGUUGACAACAGCCAUUUUGGCAGUAUACCGGAAACAUUCUGGUGGUCUAUUGUCUCCAUGACAACGGUCGGAUACGGAGACAUGUUUCCUCAAGGGAUAGCCGGUAAAGUUGUGGGGGCUUUUACUGUUGUCGGCGGUAUUCUGACUGUUGCACUGCCUGUCCCGAUUGUUGUGACAAAUUUUAACACCUUGUAUAGCGCAUGUAUUGGCAGGGCGCCCAUAUACUGA